AUGGCUACCAGAAACGCCAGCGCGUUGGCGCUUGAGAUGGCGUUUCAGACACAGAUGCUUCCAGCGCCCCCGCUUAUCUCAACGCGUCCAAGGCCAAUGCACCAUUCAAACAAUUACACUCGCCCCCGGGGUCUCCGGAUAGCAAAUCUACUGAAGCCUUGGGUUCCAAUCAUUUUAUAUGGCAUAACGAGCCUUGCUUUCGUCUUUGCUAUCUCACUCUAUAAAACACAAGUGUUUUCAGCACUGGAUGAAUUAUCGCGGUGGCUACAAGCUGACGAACAUUAUGGCCAUGCCGUCCUUUUCGUUUUGAUAUUUUUAACCACAAUCCCUCCGAUCCCGUUGUAUUCCACUCUUAUCAUUCUUUCCGGGUAUACGUUUGGACUUUGGACAGGCGCAGUGAUAUCGUACUUUUCUGCCCUGGCAGGUGCGCUGGUUGUAUUCACAGUCUCUCGCUCUCUCCUCCACGAUACGAUCACACGUUGGCUGGACUCUGCUUGCACAAUGAAGCGCGUCGUUCGCGCGAUAGACAAGCGACCCAAGCUCCUGUUCCUUAUUCGGCUAGCACCAUACCCUUACAAUGUGAUGAACUGCCUUCUUGCCGCCGCACCCACGCUCUCGCUUCGUACCUACACCAUCUGCACUGCUCUGUCGCUAUUUAAAGUGAUCAUCCACACUAGUGUUGGCGCGUCGAUACAUUCGUUUAAGGAGUAUCAUGGUGCAGAGAAGGACACCACCAGUUCGGAUACGGUAGCACACAUGUGGACGUAUCUCGGUAUCGGACUCUGUGUGGCGAUUUUGGUGUAUUUGUCGUAUGUUGCUCGCAGAGCAGUUGACGAAGAGCUGGAAGAUGACAUUCCGGCGAUUCGGCAAGCGGAUUCGGAGGAGCGAGUUGCUUUCCUAUCUCCAAGAGGCGAUGUGGAAGGCGGACUGAGGAGUGACGACGUUGAUGCUGAUGAGAUGGCAGAGUCGCCGUUUAGGAUGGAUGCAACAGGUAUUAGUUACUUGAACGAUUAA